AUGGGCCACAUGGAGUUCCUCAUCCGCUUCAAGUUCGAGGAGCAUGCGCCUGAGUUGAAUGUUGAGCUGCACGAGUUCUCUUCCAACCUUCUAUUUAAGUGUGCUUUGAAUGCUCCAUACCUGAUGCACCAAAUCCUCGCUGUCUCGGCUCGGCGGUUAGCCGUUCUGGAGCCGCAGAGGGCCGAUUACUUCCUCGAGCACGCUAUGCAGCUGCAAACCAAAGCCGUUUCUAUCUACAAUGGAACGGCAGCCAAAUCUCAGAUCGACCAGACCAACUGCUCCGCCCUCCUGCUCUUCUGCUCCCUGCUUGGUCGACACCUGCUGGCCGAUCUUCUGGCAAAGCGGGACGCCGACUUUGCCGAUUUUCUAGUCCGGUUCCUCGAGUGCCUUACUAUCUCUCGCGGCCUGAUGGCUAUGUCAGUCUCCGCCUGGGAUUUACUGCUUCAGUCAGACAUCAGGCACCUUGUUCUCUGGGCGCUUGAGAUCGCCCAAUCACCUCCACAGGGUCACCACUGCGAUGGACUGCGGCGCCUCAUAGCCGAAUCAAACAAUCUAGAUGGCCCGUCUAAGGAAGCAUGUAUGACCGCUAUCUCGUGCCUUGAGGUUGGCUUUGAUAGCCUAAUCGGGAGUGACGCCCGCAACCAGAGAUACCUCAUGGUCUUCAUGUGGGCCCCUGCAGUGCCUCAACUAUUCACCGACUUACUCUCCCAGCGGCGACCCGAGGCAAUCGCCAUCAUGGGUCACUGGGCGCUUCUCCUCCAUUACAGUCGAGCCUUGUGGCAUGUUGGCGACUCGGGCUCGCACUUGCUGAAUAGCAUUUCCCAACACCUCGGACACGACUGGAAACACUGGCUGUCGUGGCCACUUUCGGUCCUCGCUUCCGACCGUGCUCAAAGUACUAGUAUAUAG